AUUGUGACGCGUCCGAAAUCGAGGGAAAACGGAGAACGCAUCCGGAGCAUCCGGACAGCAAGUCUCACUGACAGACCGCAAUCCCAGCAUUUCCAUUCGAACAGCCAAUUCUGCUCGCAGCAGCACGGCGUCACUGUCUCAAGGUCACACUACAGUUUCACCAACCUCCCACAAUGUCGAUCAACUUUAACGACGGAGAGCAAAUACUGUGCUUCCAUGGACCUAUGCUCUAUGAGGCGAAGGUCCUGAAAGCGGAAAUAUGGACAGGAAAGGCAGACCACGAGGACGGACCUUACUACUACAUUCACUACAAGGGUUGGAAACAAAGUUGGGACGAAUGGGUACCAGAAGCGCGCAUCCUCAAAUACAAUGCGGAGAAUCUGGCACGACAAGCCGAACUCCACCAAACCCUAAACACGAAGAAAGCAAAAGACGCCAAAAAGUCGCAAGCAAAGGAGGAGUCGAAGGAUACCAAAGGGCGGAAACGGCCACGGGAACACGAUGCCGAGAAAGAAGACGAUUUCCUCAAACGACCGGAAGUGAAGAUCACCAUACCGGACGCCUUGAAGUCGCAGUUGGUGGAGGAUUGGGAGAAUGUGACGAAGAAUCAUAGGCUGGUGAGGCUGCCUCGCGAUGUGACGGUGGUGGAUGUACUGGAACGGUAUAAGGCAUCGCUACAGAGUUCAAAGGGCAAGAGGGCGGCAAAAGAGAGCGCACGUUUCGAUGACUCCUUACAAGAGGUUCUGGACGGUAUCCGCAUCUACUUCGACCGAUCGCUCGGCAAUCUUCUACUCUACCGCUUCGAAAGGCAACAAUACGUGGAUUUGAAAAAAGGUCACCCCGAUAAGCCUAUGUCUGAUCUCUACGGUGCAGAGCAUCUGUUGCGCCUGUUUGUUCAAUUCCCGGCCCUGAUCGCACAUUCCAACAUGGAGACAGACGCCAUCGCAGUACUCAAGGAUCAUCUCACACAUAUCUUAGAAUUUUUGGAAGCCCAUCAACAAGAACUUUUCCUUAAAGAGUAUGAUAACGCCAGUCCUGCGUACCUGGCGCAGAUGAAGGCUGGUAGUUAGAACCUUGGUUCAAAGUCGAUGUAGAUACUCUUUGGUUGGAUGCAUACCAGGCGUAGGUAGUCGUCAUGUUCAGCCCACCAUGUUCUCAGGCAAUUCGGUAGUCCGCUGAACUAGAGGUCGGACAUACGAGUAGCAAUGUACAAAGGCGAAUGGUGGUGUGA